CGUGGGGUCUACAUAUCUAGACCUCACCACCGCAUCCAGAUAGCUUGGCAUCAUCACUUCUCAGGCCAACACCACUGCAUCUCAGUACCACUUGAUCAACAUGGGAGCAACAGAGAACGACGCCCAGGCUACGCUGCCUAUCCGCCCAGCGCCGGCAGCCGCCAAUGGCAGCUCGCCAGCAACCUUCGGCCCAUCCUUGUUGGGGCAAUUUCCCUUUGAUCCAGAAUACCGCAAUAUGAACCAUGGCUCCUUUGGGUCUAUCCCAAAAGCCAUACAAGCCAAGCUCCGCGACUAUCAAGACCAGGCCGAGGCCAAGCCUGACAAGUUCAUCCGCUUCACUGGCCCGCAGCUUCGCGACGAGUCCCGAGCCGCCGUAGCAAAAGUCCUGAAUGCUCCCACAGACACCGUGGUUCUUGUUUCCAACGCCACGACGGCACUCAACGUCGUCUUGCGCAACUUGACGUGGAACCCCGACGGCAAGGACGAGAUCCUCUACUUCCAGACCAUCUACGGCGCGUGCGGCAAGACAGUCGACUACAUUGUCGACACCAACAACGGCAACGUCUCGUCGCGCUGCAUCACCAUCACCUACCCGGCCGAGGAUGACGAGAUUGUCGAGCUGUUCCGCGCCGCCGUCAAGACCUCGACCGAGCAGGACCACAAGCGGCCGCGGGUCUGCAUCAUCGACUCCGUCUCCAGCCUGCCCGGCGUGCGCUUCCCCUGGGAGGCCGUGACCGGCGCCUGCCGCGAGCUCGGCGUGCUCAGCCUCGUCGACGGCGCCCAGGGCAUCGGCAUGAUCGACAUCGACCUCGCGGCCGCGGACCCGGACUUCUUCCUGUCAAACUGCCACAAGUGGCUGCACACCCCGCGCGGCUGCGCCGUCCUCUACGUGCCGCUCCGCAACCAGCACCUCAUGGUGUCCACCCUACCCACCUCGCACGGCUACAUCCCAAAGUCUGCGGCCGGUGGCCCGCGGGCCAACCCGCUGCCCAAGAGCGCGGCAGCAAAGUCGGCCUUUGUCAGCAACUUUGAGUUCAGCGGCACCAUCGACAACUCGCCGUACUACUGCAUCCAGGACGCCGUGCGCUGGCGCGAGCAGACCCUUGGCGGCGAGGCCGCCGUCAUCAGGUACUGCGAGGACCUGGCGCGCGCGGGCGGCCUGCGCAUCGCCGAGAUGCUGGGCACAAAGGUCCUCGACAACAAGAGCAGGAGCCUGUCGCGCUGCGCAAUGACAAACGUAUGCCUCCCCGUAAAGGUGGUCGACUCUGCCUCCGCCUCUGCCACUGCCGCCGCCGAUGACACCGCCACCGUCACCGUCCCCGCCCAAGACGUCCCGCUCGUCCUGCAGUGGAUCCAGCACGAGCUGCCCCACGCCUACGGCACCUUUGUCCCCGUCUACCUCUUCCAGGGCGAGAUCUGGACCCGCGUGUCGGCCCAGGUGUAUCUCGACCUCGCCGACUUUGAGUGGCUGGCCGAGAGGCUGCGCGAGAUCGUCGCGCGGGUCAGCAAGGGCGACUACAAGGCCUAGCUACGCUACGUACCCACUCAGGUGGACAGCCGGGCAUCGUUCCAGGACCUCUAUGCGCAGACGAGUGAUACUUUUGUUGAAAUGAGAGGUUUUUUUUUAUUUUUUUUAUUUUUAUUUUUUUGAAAUAACGUAAUCCACAAGUGGGUGA